CGGGGCAUUAACCCAAUCCCCUCACCGAGUCCUGCCACUUCAAUCUGCGGCUCCCAUGUGUACGGAUGUGAGGAGAAGCAAUGUAGUGAACGGUGUAAACAGAACAUUUAAUCAGAAAUGAUCAAACACGUUUUCCUAACAGGACCUCCGGGUAACUAUAAAACAAACUUCUUGAAACGCAUGGCACGGUUUAGUUGUUCAGAAACGCUGUGAAGUUGUGACUGCUGCUAGCUAACUAGCUACGCUAGUUUCAGAAAUGAUGCCACACAAUACAAUGUAGCUAACAGCAGUAGUUCAGCUAAUAGCUAAAACAAUUUGUAAACUGAAGCUUGAGUCUCCUGAUUUAUUUUGAAAGUAGCAGGUCGACUCUGACCGUGCACAUUUUCGAAAGUUAGCGAGCUACAAUGUUAUCUGACGCCUCGGUCACACCGACAGUGUUUUUGCAUUUUGGUUCACCAGCGGUACAUUCAUAUCCACUUGAGCGCUGCGUUUCCUUCCAGCAUGGUGUUGGAGAGGCGGUUGCGUUUCCUUCCAGCAUGGUGUUGGAGAGGCGGCUGCGUUUCCUUCCAGCAUGGUGUUGGAGAGGCGGUUGCGUUUCCUUCCAGCAUGGUGUUGGAGAGGUGGCUGCGUUUCCUUCCAGCAUGGUGUUGGAGAGGCGGCUGCGUUUCCUUCCAGCAUGGUGUUGGAGAGGCGGCUGCGUUUCCUUCCAGCAUGGUGUUGGAGAGGUGGCUGCGUUUCCUUCCAGCAUGGUGUUGGAGAGGCGGCUGCGUUUCCUUCCAGCAUGGUGUUGGAGAGGCGGUUGCGUUUCCUUCCAGCAUGGUGUUGGAGAGGCGGUGCGUUUCCUUCCAGCAUGGUGUUGGAGAGGCGGUUGCGUUUCCUUCCAGCAUGGUGUUGGAGAGGCGGUUGCGUUUCCUUCCAGCAUGGUGUUGGAGAGGCGGCUGCGUUUCCUUCCAGCAUGGUGUUGGAGAGGCGGUGCGUUUCCUUCCAGCAUGGUGUUGGAGAGGCGGCUGCGUUUCCUUCCAGCAUGGUGUUGGAGAGGGGCUGCGUUUCCUUCCAGCAUGGUGUUGGAGAGGCGGCUGCGUUUCCUUCCAGCAUGGUGUUGGAGAGGCGGUUGCGUUUCCUUCCAGCAUGGUGUUGGAGAGGCGGCUGCGUUUCCUUCCAGCAUGGUGUUGGAGAGGCGGUUGCGUUUCCUUCCAGCAUGGUGUUGGAGAGGUGGCUGCGUUUCCUUCCAGCAUGGUGUUGGAGAGGCGGCUGCGUUUCCUUCCAGCAUGGUGUUGGAGAGGCGGUUGCGUUUCCUUCCAGCAUGGUGUUGGAGAGGCGGUUGCGUUUCCUUCCAGCAUGGUGUUGGAUAGGCGGUUGCGUUGCGGUCUGUGGUGCAGAGGUUGGAUUUAUCGAACGUAUGCGUGAAACUGUAUGUAUAGACGGUUUGACAGAAAUGGUAGCAGAAGGUGAAUGAUAUACUUUGUUGCACACAUAUCCAGAUGCUAUGUCUAGUAUACGCUAGUACACACUAGCUCGAGUACUACAUUAGCUAGCUAGUACACACUAGCUCUAGUACUACAUUAGCUAGCUAGUACACACUAGCUCUAGUACUACAUUAGCUAGCUAGUACACACUAGCUCUAGUACUACAUUAGCUAGCUAGUACACACUAGCUCAAGUACUACAUUAGCUAGCUAGUACACACUAGCUCUAGUACUACAUUAGCUAGCUAGUACACACUAGCUCGAGUACUACAUUAGCUAGCUAGUACACACUAGCUCUAGUACUACAUUAGCUAGCUAGUACACACUAGCUCUAGUACUACAUUAGCUAGCUAGUACACACUAGCUCUAGUACUACAUUAGCUAGCUAGUACACACUAGCUCGAGUACUACAUUAGCUAGCUAGUACACACUAGCUCGAGUACUACAUUAGCUAGCUAGUACACACUAGCUCGAGUACUACAUUAGCUAGCUAGUACACACUAGCUCUAGUACUACAUUAGCUAGCUAGUACACACUAGCUCUAGUACUACAUUAGCUAGCUAGUACACACUAGCUCUAGUACUACAUUAGCUAGCUAGUACACCCUAGCUCUAGUACUACAUUAGCUAGCUAGUACACCCUAGCUCUAGUACUACAUUAGCUAGCUAGUACACACUAGCUCUAGUACUACAUUAGCUAGCUAGCACACACUAGCUCUAGUAAUACAUUAGCUAGCUAGUACACACUAGCUCUAGUACUACAUUAGCUAGCUAGCACACACUAGCUCUAGUAAUACAUUAGCUAGCUAGCACACACUAGCUCUAGUACUACAUUAGCUAGCUAGCACACACUAGCUCUAGUACUACAUUAGCUAGCUAGUACACACUAGCUCUAGUACUACAUUAGCUAGCUAGCACACACUAGCUCUAGUACCACGCUAGCUAGUACACACUAGUUCUAGUAUACGCUAGUACACGCUAGCUAGUACCUCGCAUCUAAUUAUAAAUGUAAUUUCACCACCCGUGCUGUUUUUGUGUGGUAACACACCAUCCUCUAUGGCACUAUUCGUGUCUCAUCUCAUAUGCCUCACAGCGUCUGUGGCGUGAGAAGGUAUCUGCUGGAGCCAGACCCUAUUGGAGAUAACAGAGAGGAAGAGGCGAGGCAAGAGGUUUGGCUCCACCAAAAAUAAGCCCACGAAUUGAGGAAUGUUUGUGUGGAGGUUGAUGAGUGUGAAAUUUGGUCAACAAAAAGUUGAAUUGCUAAUUUGAUACGUGAGGCUUAUUAGAUCUAAUAUACGUUUUGUAGUGGUUCACUUGUUACGAAUGCACUGCUAUAAGUGGACGCACGUGGCAUUUCGACAACUAAAAAAAAUAUAAUAUAACCUUAUCAAAGUUGUGCCUAUUGCAUAGAAAUUGGUAGGGGACUCAUCAUGGAUAUAACCGGUUUUAGCAUGGCCAUUGAGUGCGUCCACCAUUUGAAAGUAGUCCGCUGGAUGGGGAUUCCUAGGAAUUGGGUCCUCAUGCUGUCACAGACGCUAUACUGCCAUAGAUACAAAGAUGAGUCCUCUAUCUAUCUCAAUGGCCUGUUCAUGUGUGUAUCUGCCCUCUCAUUGGCUAGAAUGGUCCCACCUGAUCUCUCCUCCUCCCGCCUGCCUUCCAUCUUUGAGGACAUGUAUUUCCAUUGUUAGAGUGGUCAAUCAAGUCUUGUCAAUAUAAUAGACAAUCGUUGGAUGAACUGAGGAGCUGAUUAACAAUGGGCUUUGUUGUCCACAGAGCUGAACACCGGGCUGUCAAGCUCACACCUAUUCCUGUCUUUUGAUUGGUGCAUGCAUCUCGUUAUUUGAAUACUUUUUUUUGAAUAUUCGUUGACAUUCGCCUUUAUUGUACUCAAUGGCGAGCGAGUUGCUAGCCUAAUGAAUAUUCAUAGACGUCUCGAUUUUCAACAGGGACAACUCUGUGUUUUUUCUCAAAGUUGCCUGGAUGUCACGUGCAUCACACUUAUAUCCGUAGCCUACACUCGUAACAACCUCAGCAUUACGCAACUUAUAUUAGAUCAAAUACGCCUCAAGUAUUGAAAUGGCUAAUAAGUUUCAAUUUGGCUAAAUUUGGCACUCAUUGCCCCCCAUACAAAAUCCCCUCACUUGCUUAAUACUUAAUGAUCUGCUUAACAUGGACAUAUUUUGGGUGUAGUAAACCCUCUCUCUUCGCCUCUUCCUCUCUGGUGUAUCCCGGUUUCCACUGGAUAACGGUCAGAUUCCAAAGCCUCAAAGUUGGCUACAAAGGUUUGCUUUUUGUUCUUCAUUUAAGGUUAGGCAUAAGGUUAGCAGUAUGGUUAGGCAUAAGGUUAGCAGUAUGGUUAGGGAGGGUUUUAUUCAGAGUUAUGACUUUGUGGCUGUGUUAACUAGUGACCACCGUGUGUCCCAGGCAGUUCCUCCGUAAGUGAAUGGGUGUGACCUCCGCCAAAUAAUAACAUAACAACUCUGUUCAUGAGUCAAUACUUUGCAUUAUGAUAAAAUGUUACAUUUCUGUUGAUAGUCAUGGUUUGAAGGCCCCAACAAGACAAACGGCUUCAUUUUGGAUAUGCCAUGACCCUCUUCUAUUGUGAAGGUGUGGGGAAGACCACCCUGGUCCAGAAGGCCUGUGACAUCAUCGUGUCUUCAGGUGUGUCUGUGGAGGGCUUCUACACCCAGGAGGUCAGGGAGGGGGGGCGCAGGGUCGGUUUCGACGUUGUCACUGUGACCGGACAGCGGGGGCUCUUGUCCAGAGUCAGGUAGGCUUCAGUCAGGUGUCAAUAUUUUUUACGUAAUCAACCAAAAUGGUCGACCUAUUUCUGUAAGGGCCUGUUUCCCAGACAGAUGAAGCCUAGUUUAGGACCAAAAAGCAUUUUUAAAAUUCUCAAUUGUUUACUCUGUAGUCCAGGACUAGGCUUCGUCUGGGAAACUGGCCCCUACAUGUUAAGUCAUGUGUUUUUCUUUGCUGUCUUUGUUCUGUUCAGAGAGAAGUCUGUAGCUUCACAUGGAGGGAAGCAGUACACUGUCGGACAGUAUGUAGUGGAUGUACCUUCGUUUGAGAACCUGGCUCUACCUCUCUUCAGAAACGUACGUUAUUAUUGCACUAUUUAGCAGAGCAGUGUUUUUCCUCAUAUGUCAGGGCUGUGAUCCAUGUUUUUCCUCAUAUGUCAGGGCUGUGAUCAGUGUUUUUCCUCAUAUGUCAGGGCUGUGAUCAGUGUUUUUCCUCAUAUGUCAGGGCUGUGAUCCAUGUUUUUCCUCAUGUCAGGGCUGUGAUCAGUGUUUUUCCUCAUAUGUCAGGGCUGUGAUCCAUGUUUUUCCUCAUAUGUCAGGGCUGUGAUCAGUGUUUUUCCUCAUAUGUCAGGGCUGUGAUCCAUGUUUUUCCUCAUAUGUCAGGGCUGUGAUCAGUGUUUUUCCUCAUAUGUCAGGGCUGUGAUCCAUGUUUUUCCUCAUAUGUCAGGGCUGUGAUCCAUGUUUUUCCUCAUAUGUCAGGGCUGUGAUCAGUGUUUUUCCUCAUAUGUCAGGGCUGUGAUCCAUGUUUUUCCUCAUAUGUCAGGGCUGUGAUCCAUGUUUUUCCUCAUAUGUCAGGGCUGUGAUCAGUGUUUUUCCUCAUGUCAGGGCUGUGAUAUUCUCACUUGAUGGCAAUUCCAGCAUUACGUUUUUACUGUUCAUGGAGCUGCCUGGCUGUCAGGUUCUGAUUGAUAACCUAUCAAUGAGCCUGGUGUUCCUGCAGCCUUGCACAGUUGCACACAUGCGUGGCUGGGCUGCUCACCUACACUACAUGACCAGAAGUAUGUGGACACCUGCUCGUCAAACAUCUCAUUCCAAAAUCAUGGGCAUUAAUAUGGCGUUGGUCCCCCCUUUGCUGCUAUAACAGCCUCCACUCUUCUGGGAAGGCUUUCCACUAGAUGUUGGAACAUUGCUGUGGGGACUUGCUUCCGUUCAGCCACAAGAGCAUUAGUGAGGUGUGGGGCACUGAUGUUGGGUGAUUAGGCCUGGCUCGCAGUCGGGGUUCACUGGAACUAAGGGGCCUAGCCCGAACCAUGAAAAACAGCCCCAGACCAUUAUCCCUCCUCCACCAAACUUUACAGUUGACACUAUGCAUUGGGGCAGGUAGCGUUCUCCUGGCAUCCGCCAAACUCAGAUUAGUCCCUUGGACUGCCAGAUGGUGAAGUGUGACUCAUCACUCCAGAGAACUUCCACUGCUCCAGAGUCCAAUGGUGGCGAGCUUUACACCACUCCAGCCGACGCUUGGCAUUGCGCAUGGUGAUCUUAGGCUUGUAUGUGGCUGCUCGGCCAUGGAAACCCAUUUCAUGAAGCUCCCGACAGUUAUUGUGCUGACGUUGCUUCCAGAGGCAGUUUGGAACUCGGUAGUGAGGGUUGCAACCGAGGACAGACGAUUUUUACACGCUACGCAUUUCAGCACUUGGUGGUCGCGUUUUGUGAGCUUGGCCUACCACUUCGCGGCUGAGCCGUUGUUGCUCCUAGAUGCUUCCACUUCACAAUAACAGCACUUACAGUUGACCGGGGCAGCUCUAGCAGGGCAGACAUUGGACGAACUGACUUGUUGGAAAGGUGGCAUCCUAUGAUGGUGCCACGUUGAAAGUCACUGAGCUCUUCAGUACGGGCCAUUCUACUGCCAAUGUUUGUCUAUGGACAUUGCAUGGCUGUGUGCUCGAUUUUAUACACCUGUCAGCAACGGGUGUGGCUGAAAUAGCCGAAUCCACUAAUUUGAAGGGGUGUCCACAUACUUUUAUGUAUGUGUGUGUAUAUAGUGUAUACCAUGGUCUAAGCCGUAGUAGUAGUAGUAGUAGUAGUAGUAGUAGUAGUAGUAGUAGUAGUAGCAGUAGCAGUAGUAGUAGUAGCAGUAGUAGCAGUAGUGGUAGUGGUGGUAGUAGUAGUAGUAGUAGUGGUAGUAGUGAUAGUAGAACUGCAGCAGUAUAUCAACCAUUCAGUCUGUUUUUUGUUUUGAGUGAUGUUGUCUCUAACCUCUCCAUCUCUAUGUUUAGCUUGAGUCUUCAUGCAGUAGCAACCGUCAGCUGUUUAUCAUAGAUGAGGUUGGUAAAAUGGAGCUGUUCAGCCAGCCAUUCAUCAGGUCUGUCAGACGGACCCUGGACUCUCCAGUCUUCUCAGUGCUGGGGACUAUACCCCUCCCUUCAGGAAAACCACUGGGUUUAGUGGAGGAGAUACGGACCAGGACGGACGUCACAGUCUUCACUGUGAGUACAUGCGUGCUCGCACACACACAAAUAAUCUCUUUCUAUCUAUCUAAUCUUACCUCCCUCAUUGUAGGGACGUCAAAUGUUCAACCUACUGCACAGACUGGGUCAGUUGUUCUUGGGAGCAGUUUUACCCUCACCAUGGUUACAGUAGGAGUAAAUAGAACCAGGUUUCCAUUCAACCUUUAGAUCAUUAUCCAGAGCCACUUACAGUAGUGAGUGUGGAUAUUUUCAUAUUGGUCCCCCGUGGGAAUCGAACCCACAACCCUGGCUUUGCAAGCGCCAUGCUCUACCAACUGAGUGACACGGGACGGUAUGUGAGUUGAGUACAUAUCUGAUAACAUAUGUCACGACAGGCCUGAUGCAAACAGCAAAUUUGACGGUCAAAUGUUGACAAAACAAAGUAUGUUAGACAAGGUGGGAUCUUUUUGUGUCUGUAAAAUUUAAUUAUGCAAGAAAUGUGGAAAUGCUUUAAUGUGCAGAUAUUGAUGUAAUACACAUCAUAUCAAAGUAAAGUUGGAGUCAGGCGACGACGUCCUCCCACUACGACUCCUCGGGAUAGCAGUUUAUUAGGCUACAGAUGAGCUUCACAGGGUGGUGAAAGUGCACGGUGAUGAGCUUGGUGCUCCUUUCCAAUAAAUAUUGAGGGUCUUAUUCUGGUGACAUGAUAAUCGAUGCUUUGACAAAAUAAAAAAGAAUCUCACUCGUGUCCAUAAUAAUCUCAUCAUGUAGGAUAUACAGUCUCUCUAGCCAACAGCGGGCAGAGAGCGCACGUGCCAAUAACGGAGUGGGCACACUCGCUAUAUAACGCCAGUUGGCAAUGUGAUGGAAACCCAUUGAACUUGUAUUGUUUAUUCGGUACGUGGGAAUUUAACCACCGACGGCAUUUCAUGUGUUCUACAUCAUCACGCUCAGCCUUUUAUCUGCAUCAUGUCAAUUUGAUGGAAACUUCUCUGGUGGGAAAAGUUGCAUAUUGUUUUUAAUGUGGAUUUUAGAAUGUUUGCAUGACAAUUCUGUCGCCAAUUGGAACCUAGCUAGUGUGCUACAUUUACUAUCAUAUAUUCAUCUUGAAUUACUUUGACAUAUUUAAUUAUGUUUAGAGAUGUUUAGAGUGGGCGGUAUCCAGAUUUUCUUACUGUUAUACCGUUUCUGUACCAUACCGGGGUAUACGAUAUUACCGAAUGUGCACACAAGGGGGUGCUAUUUAAACAUUUUUAUUAUAAUAAUUAUGCAUAAAACAAUUUAGGCAACAGGGAAUCUUGGCGGAUGCCAUUAUCCUUUUACCGUAUAACAUGGUGGAUACCGUUAUUCUUUUACCAUAUAGCAUGGUGGAUACCGUUAUCCUUUUACCGUAUAGCAUGGUGGAUACCGUUAUCCUUUUACCAUAUAGCAUUGUGGGGAUUAAACAGGAAAUCAUGCAUGACUAAACCAGAUCUAACACUGUUACUAUCACUAACAUUGUUCCUGAUGGAUGGAACCAGAUCUAACACUGUUACUAUCACUAACAUUGUUCCUGAUGGAUGGAACCAGAUCUAACACUGUUACUAUCACUAACAUUGUUCCUGAUGGAUGGAACCAGAUCUAUAUUAGUGAUAUUUGCAGCAUUAGAUCUGGUUCCAUCCAUCAGGAACACUGUGCUCUUCCUGCCAUGAUUUUGUAUGUUUUCCCACUGACAAAGACAUGAUCAGUCUAUAAUUUUAAUGGUAGGUUUAUUUGAACAGUGAGAGACAGAAUAACAAAAAAAUAAUCCAGAAAAACGCAUGUCAAAAUUUUAUAAAUUGAUUUGCAUUUUAAUGGGGGAAAUAAGUAUUUGACCCCUCUGCAAAACAUGACUUAGUACUUGGUGGCAAAACCCUUGUUGGCAAUCACAGAGGUCAGGGAUUUUGUCCCACUCCUCUUUGCAGAUCUUCUCCAAGUCAUUAAGGUUUCAAGGCUGACGUUUGGCAACUCGAACCUUCAGCUCCCUCCACAGAUUUUCUAUGGGAUUAAGGUCUGGAGACUGGCUAGGCCACUCCAGGACCUUAAUGUGCUUCUUCUUGAGCCCAUCCUUUGUUGCCUUGGCCGUGUGUUUUGGGUCAUUGUCAUGCUGGAAUACCCAUCCACGACCCAUUUUCAAUGCCCUGGCUGAGGGAAGGAGGUUCUCACCCAAAAUUUGACGGUACAUGGCCCCGUCCAUCGUCCCUUUGAUACGGUGAAGUUGUCCUGUCCCCUUAGCAGAAUAACACCCCCAAAGCAUAAUGUUUCCACCUCCAUGUUUGACGGUGGGGAUGGUGUUCUUGGGGUCAUAGGCAGCAUUCCUCCUCCUCCAAACACGGCGAGUUGAGUUGAUGGCAAAGAGCUCCAUUUUGGUCUCAUCUGACCACAACACUUUCACCCAGUUCUCCUCUGAAUCAUUCAGAUGUUCAUUGGCAAACUUCAGACGGCCCUGAAUAUGUGCUUUCUUGAGCAGGGGGACCUUGCGGGCGCUGCAGGAUUUCAGUCCUUCACAGCAUAGUGUGUUACCAAUUGUUUUCUUGGUGACUAUGGUCCCAGCUGCCUUGAGAUCAUUGACAAGAUCCUCCCGUGUAGUUCUGGGCUGAUUCCUCACCGUUCUCAUGAUCAUUGCAACUCCACGAGGUGAGAUCUUGCAUGGAGCCCCAGGCCGAGGGAGAUUGACAGUUAUUUUGUGUUUCUUCCAUUUGCGAAUAAUCGCACCAACUGUUGUCACCUUCUCACCAAGCUGCUUGGUGAUGGUCUUGUAGCCCAUUCCAGCCUUGUGUAGGUCUACAAUCUUGUCCCUGACAUCCUUGGAGAGCUCUUUGGUCUUGGCCACGGUGGAGAGUUUGGGAUCUGAUUGAUUGAUUGCUUCUGUGGACAGGUGUCUUUUAUAUAAAGGUAACAAACUGAGAUUAGGAGCACUCCCUUUAAGAGUGUGCUCCUAAUCUCAGCUCGUUACCUGUAUAAAAGACACCUGGGAGCCAGAAAUCUUUCUGAUUGAGAGGGGGUCAAAUACUUAUUUCCCUCAUUAAAAUGCAAAUCAAUUUAUAACAUUUUUGACAUGCGUUUUUCUGGAUUUUGUUGUUGUUAUUCUGUCUCUCACUGUUCAAAUAAACCUACCAUUUAAAAUUAUAGACUGAUAAUUUCUUUGUCAGAGGGCAAAUGUACAAAAUCAGCAGGGGAUCAAAUACUUUUUUCCCUCACUGUAUCUCUUAAAGAUCUUUGGUCUGUGUGUUUCUCCCCAUCUCUCUCUCUCCCCAUUUCCCCCUCUCUCUCUCGCUCUGGCUCUCGCUCAGGUCACCAAGGAGAACAGAGAUGUUAUAUUACAAGAGGUUGUGUCAGCGCUACAGGACUGUUUAAGGAAAGUGCCUAAGUAGGUGGAAGUUAUCAAAGAUCAGUGGAACAACAUGGAGGGUCUUAAAACACAGCAGCACUCUGAACUAGACCCACCCCUGAUGAACUAGACCGACCCCUGAUGAAACUAGACCGACCCCUGAUGAAACUAGACCCACCCCUGAUGAAACUAGACCGACCCCUGAUGAAACUAGACCGACCCCUGAUGAAACUAGACCGACCCCUGAUGAAACUAGACCCACCCCUGAUGAAACUAGACCCACCCCUGAUGAAACUAGACCGACCCCUGAUGAACUAG